CAAUAAUCUUCCUGUUUGUCACAGUGGUAGUCUAUCUGAUUAGCGCGGUGGUUGCUUUAAAGUUAUGGAGACAUGAAGGAGCCCGGAGGCACAGAGAAUUAAUGGAGCAAGAGAUGAAAACACAGUUGUCUUUGCCAGAAAAGAAGUAUGAGAGUUUUGACCGACCAAGAGGAAAAGAGGUCAGUUAUAGACAGCUUAAAUCGGUGGAAGUGAAAACUGAACAACUUAAUGGUCAUAUACCUGCAGGCCACAUUCCUAAACCUAUAGUGAUGCCGGACUACUUAGCGAAAUAUCCUGCAAUUCAAACAAAUGAAAUGCGAGACCGAUACAAAGCAGUAUUCAAUGAUCAGUUUGCUGAAUAUAAAGAACUGUCAGGGGAAGUUCAUGCUGUAUUGAAGAAGUUUGAUGAGCUGGAUGCGUUGAUGAGAAAACUGCCUCAUAAUCCUGGAAGCAUACAUGAACAGGAAAGGAUAUCCAGAGUUUUGCAAGAAUACAAGAAGAAGAAAAAUGAUCCUACAUUUCUGGAGAAAAAGGAGCGUUGUGAAUACCUCAAGAAUAAGCUUUCUCACAUAAAACAACGAAUACAGGACUAUGAUAAAGUUAUGAAUUGGAAUGUACACGUUUAGCAUCACCUUGACUAUGUGGAUACUAUUUUAUAUUUUUUUAAAUAGAAAUGCGUAUUUUGAAGUAUUUAUUUACUCUCAGAAUUUUACAUUUCCUGUGGGGAAAACAAUUAAUUUCUUAAUCACUUUGUGACUUAUUUAGAUACUGUGCAUUUCUGAAUAGCCUUUGUAUACAGGUCCAAUUCCAAAUCAAUUUAAUGAAGUUACCAGAUGAGUUUAGAACAUCUGUGUUAACAUUCUGCUUUUAUUAGACAGUGCACAGCCUGUCCCUUUACGUAUGCAUAGUUUUCUAUUUGCAAGUGUUGCAUUAUUGUUUACCAGAGAGAGCAGUUCUAAAUACCAUGUCAAAAAUGUGCCCAGUUUUUAAAUGUAACAAUUUCAGAUUUUAUUUUAUGAUAUCAAAAAGAGUUGAGUUGAUGUUACUGGCUGGGGUUUGGUAGAGUACUUAAUUAUUCUGAACUGUUUUGACAAGUCAGAACUGAGUUUAAUACGACUAUUUGCAUCUUCAUGUGCUCUGCUGUAUGUCAGAAAUUAUUGGAAAUUUUGCUUAAUAAGAGCUGCAAAAUAACCUGCUGUUUAAACAAGCAUAGCACAGUGGGUUUUUUGCCUUUGUUUUUUUUGUUUCUGUUUUCAAUGCUCCUCUGCAGAGGUGAUGUAAAGAACUUAUAUAUGACCUUAAAGGAAUAGAGAUACAGGAUUAGGCCGUGUCCCUGUUCCGCUAGUUUUGACAAAGACUGAUAUGCUCUGCAUGGUUUUUUGGGAUCAUCCUAGCAGGAAUUCACGGGCCUAGAAGAAAAACAAUUUUUCUUCUUCAUGAGCAAGGAACGAGACUUUUUGUUUAGGACAAUUUUAACGUUACCUAGUUGCAGGUGCUUGUGAACUCAGAGAUUAAGUAGAACAAAAUUAAUUCCCAAAUGAAAUGCUGAUAAAGGAUCUUCUAUAAGGCCAGGUAAAAUGUUUCGUUUAUAGAUACGCUUUCUAGAGAUUCAGUAUAAAUUUGUGUAAUAUAUCUUGGGAUAAAUAGGUUUGCAUGUGCAAAUGUUCUCAUAGAUCAGGAAAUUUUCUUUUUAUGUCCUUUUCCAUAUCUUUACACUUUUGUACUUACUAAAAUUGUUGGAAGCAUUGAUAGCCAUUUCUUUGUACAGUUUUCUACAACUGCUGUUUCACCGGAUAUCUUGCUCGGAAAUAUAUUUUAAUUUCAAAAAAAUCCUAAGCAUAAGCAUGUUAUUCUCUUGUUUUUGGAGGCAUUUUAUUGGAAAAAAAUGCUGAUUAAGGUUACUUCAAGACUUCUGCUAGUGACUAUGUUUUCUUUAGAGGAAAAUUUUCAACUUUGGCCUUAAUUUAAAGGGAAGAAGUUAGGAAAGCUCUUUGCAGUUUAGAACAAUUAUGGCAUCUUCGGUAGUGCAAAUGCAGUACUGUACUUCACCCUGGCAGUUAUUGGCCAUCUGAUUUUUGAACCCUUAUUAUUCACACUGCAAUUCUGAUGGCUUCAGACUCGCUCUCAUAUUUAUCAAAAGUUGACAUUCCAAGUUAAUCAGCCACUUAAUUCCAAGAGCUCUAGUGGAUGAAGUACGUAACACAAGACACUACAGGAAUGCUGAGAGAAUUAGAAAACUUGGCAGCUUUUCAUUUGAAACAGACUUCAGUCUCAUCCACCUGGAAAGUUUCUCAAUAUCUUUUUCACUCUGAAUUGGGCAAAACUCAGUGCCAUCCCUUGUCCUCGCUCUCUUCUCAGUCAUCUCUCUGGCUCAAGUUGCCAUUCCUUUCAGUGUAAAGGAAACCUCCCUACUCUGUAAGGGAGCUGCGGCCAAGCGCUUUAUAGCUGU